GAGUCACUCACCAGUGCGAAGAAAUUCGUGUGGCAGUCCUCCAGGCUGGCGCCGUUCGUUUGAUGCGACGGAUGCGUCAUGGCUUCUCCAUCGCACGCCUUACACUCAUUAGCAACACUUCGCGACGCGACACGGCUCUCAGGCCCGAAAAUCACACGGCGAGACCGCUAUCAUUCGAGAACAUUUAAGUAGGGUUUUCACUUCUCAAUGGCGACCGUAAAAUGGCGGACGAUGGGAAACAACAAGCGCAGCCGCCCGAGGCGACCCCUUACGAUCAGUCCCGAUAUUUCUGCUGGUUGCUGCUGCCGCUGCUGCGUGCGCUCCGUUUCGUUUCUCUCUCCGACGGUCGACGAUGAAAAAUAUGGCGGCGCUCAUCAGGCAUGCCUCGUACAGGAUUCCGUUCAAAAACGACGAACGCACGUCGCGACGUUGCGCGCUUCGCGAGUAAGCUGAGUUCCGCUGACGAUGCCUUGAAGCAGAAUCCGAAGUUGGAAGCUACCAGGAAGUCUCUUUCCGCGAAAGGAUUUCUUCGAUCAAUAAAGUCAUACGAUCCACCUUCCGACGUAAAUGAACGGAUUGACAAAAUCUGUGCGGGCCAACAAAUCUCGACGAGGGACGAGGCGAAGCUCGAGGGCGGUCUUUCGCGCUUUAAAAUCUUUGCAGCCUGUGCGGAAGAGUUCAAGCAUUCCGUGCCAAAUUCGUUGCUUUGCAUAAUCGAAACGGUCGGAGAUCUAAAAGAAUUUUAUCAUACUCCGGUGGACACUGCCACACCACUCGAAACAUUACGAAGGAUGCAGCUUCCGAAGAACUUACACGUACAAUAUGAAUACCAUCGUUUCCAUCCUGAUACAGACACGAUGUUUGGUGGCAAGACGGCUUUUCCGCUCAGCUCGACUCUCGUCACUGGUUUGAAAUACAAGAAGAAAUACAAAGGUUUCAAGCUGGAGGAUCCAUUUUAUCAAGAAUAUAAACGAAUUAAAUAAAAUUGUACCAUUUAUAUUUCGAAGAAUUCUCGUAUUAUUUCCUAUCGAGUUCGUAUCGAGAAAUGGAUUACUUAAUAUAUGAAAAAAAUAAAAAACGUGAAAUUUUCUAGCCA